CGCUUUUUUAAGUAGGGAGAAGAAGAAGAAAAGGAAAAAUGAGGGAAAGGAAAGACCCAAAAACUCUCCUUUUUUCUUCUCUCUGGGUUUUGUCUUCUUCUUCUUCAUGGGUUUGGGUUGUUCUAUGUGUAUACCCUCAAAAAAUGUAGCAAGAAUUGCAAAAGCUAGUUUUCUAACUCAAAACUCUCUUUAUUUUUUAUUUUUAUCUCUUCCAUGCGAAAUAAUUUAUCAUUACCCAUUUACACAUCAACCCUAUCCUCUUUCCAAAAAGGUUACAUAGAAAAACGAAACAUUAUUUUGUUUCAUAAAUCAUCGUCCUUUUCUCGUCUCUGUCAGAGGGGAAGGACGAAAAAAGGCCUACAACCACAGGAGAAAUCACAGUUUUAAGGAGGAAAGGAAAAGGAAGUUGUAAAGUAAAAAAUAAAAUAAAAUUUUUGGAGAAUGAAUGGUCUCUCACAUCUUCAACAAGAUUGCUCUGAGUUUGUUGAAGUUGAUCCCACCGGAAGAUAUGGCAGAUACAAUGAAAUCCUUGGCAAAGGAGCUUCAAAGACAGUUUACAGGGCAUUUGAUGAGUAUAACGGGAUUGAAGUUGCUUGGAACCAGGUGAAGCUUUAUGAUUUCUUGCAGAGUCCUGAAGAUCUUGAGCGGCUCUACUCUGAGAUCCAUCUUCUCAAGACAUUGAAACACAGGAACAUCAUGAAGUUCUAUACAUCCUGGGUUGAUACUGCAAAUAGGAAUAUCAAUUUUGUUACUGAAAUGUUUACUUCUGGGUCUCUAAGACAGUAUAGGCUGAAGCACAGGAGAGUCAACAUUAGAGCAGUGAAGCAUUGGUGUAGGCAGAUCUUGAAAGGACUUCUCUAUCUCCAUUGCCAUGAUCCUCCAGUGAUCCACAGAGAUCUCAAGUGUGAUAAUAUUUUUGUUAAUGGGAACCAAGGAGAAGUAAAGAUCGGAGAUCUUGGUCUCGCUGCAAUCCUCCGGAAAUCACAUGCUGCUCACUGUGUUGGGACUCCGGAGUUCAUGGCUCCAGAAGUGUAUGCAGAAGAUUAUAAUCAAUUAGUUGACAUUUAUUCUUUUGGGAUGUGCAUCUUAGAAAUGGUUACCUUUGAAUAUCCAUAUAGUGAAUGCAGUCAUCCUGCUCAAAUCUACAAAAAAGUUAUCUCAGGUAGAAAACCGGAUGCUUUAUAUAAAGUGAGGGAUCCUGAAGUUCGACAAUUUGUGGAGAAAUGCUUGGCAACUGCGUCCUCGAGACUCUCAGCAAGACAGUUGUUGAAUGACCCUUUUCUUCAGAUUGAUGAUUAUGAAUCUGAUUAUGGAAGAGAACUUGAAGAAAUAGAUCUUAUAAUAAGGCAACCUUACCUUGAACUUCAUCGAAGUAUUAGUUCUUACAAUAAUGGAUACUCAAAUGAUUAUGAUUAUGGUUAUGAGACCCCGAAUGAAUGGGGGUAUCAUCUUCCUGAAAUGGAACCAAAUGGAAUUGAGCUCUUCGAGUGUCAGGAUGAUGAACAUUCCACAAGUCUUGACAUAAGCAUCAAAGGGAAGAAACAAAAUGAUGGCAGUAUCUUUUUAAGACUCCGGAUAGCUGAUAAGGAAGGUCAUGUUAGAAACAUAUAUUUUCCAUUUGACAUUGAGACCGAUACAGCAUUAAGUGUUGCAACUGAAAUGGUUGCAGAACUAGAUAUCACUGACCAAGAUGUGACUAAAAUAGCAGAUAUGAUUGAUGGGGAGAUUGCCUCUCUAGUACCUGAGUGGAGGCCAGGUCCAGGAAUAGAGGAAACACCCCGAUUUGUGAAUCAAAACUUCUGUCACAAUUGUGCUUCCACUCGUACAUCCAAUGGUUCCCUUACAGAAUAUCUGUUGCAUAACUCAGAUAUCAAGGACUUGCAACUUCAAUGUUGUAGAAAUGGAUGUGCUUCAAUGCAUGGCCGGUUUGAAGAGAUAACAUUUCAGGUUGAUGAAUCUAAGCAUCUUGGGACAGAUAGUGCACCAAAUACAUCAAACCAACCUGAUUACUUGCCUUUUCACGAAAUUUGGGGUCAGCAUGAAAGCCGUGAACUUACUCCAAUAGGCUCUGGACAUAAUAGCCACUCUGAUGAGGAGGAUGAAAGAUUUGAUCAAUCCUUCCCAGCCAAGGAUGAGAAGGGGAUAGAAAAGGAAAACAAACUCACAUCCAUUGCAAGAAAUUCAAUCCAGCAGUUGACAAUAUCUCGUUCUUCCUCUGUUUCUCCUCCAGUGUAUUAUGAUCUCUCAGACAAUCAUGAGCAAGAAAUCCAGCAGGAACUGAGAUGGCUCAAAGCAAAGUACCAAAUGGAACUAAGGGAAUUGCGAGAUCAACAAUUAGGACUUAUUUCAAAACCAACUUCUUUUGACAGAGGACAGAAAAGUGAUGGGGUUUUGUCAUCCUCGGUAUCCAACACAUCACACGGAGACAAUGAAAUUCACCUAAGAUCUGUUGCCUAUGACAAACAUUUUACUUCCAGUUUCCAUGACUGCAACAAUAAGAGCUGCCCGGAUUCAGUAUACCAGAGGGCCUGGUAUUGCGAGGCAUCAGAGUCUCCAAGAGCAGGGGAUAUGGUCACUCCCAAUAGUUCAUACACUGGGUCAUCUCUUCCACACCCUCUUCACAGGACGACGUCCCUCCCUGUGGAUGCUGUUGAUGUAUAAUAACUAUUCAAGGUACUUAAAAUUCUUUUGAACAUUUUGUACCCUUAUAGAGGCUGUAUAAUUAUGAAAUCCACCCUCUACCAGUGGGGGAGGGUACCCCUCCCACUCCUUUGACAAGCAACUAAAUUCUCAAAAAGAGG